AAAAACUAAAAUCCUCUCUUUUGUAGAUUCAGGUUACACUCGCGACUUUGAACUCAUGAAGUUGCAGAUUUGAAGGAGCAGUUGAAGGCUGCAUGGAGUUAAAGUAAAAGUGAGCUCUUCGGUUUAUGUGGAGAGAAAUAUAAAGUUUUCUAGAAAAUCACGUGUUACCACAGCAUGACGAAGGAUUCGAGACCAAAGGUAACUGAACCCAGCUGUGUCUCCACGAAGAGUGACCGGUCAAUGCAUCCUCCACUUCACUUCAAAGAUGGAGGAUGUUCUACUGAUCUGAGUGUGAUGAAGGGUACGAGACCAAGUUCACCUGAACCCAGCUGUGUCUCCAUGAAGAGCGACCAGUCAAUGAAACCUCCACUUUACUUUAAAGAUGUAGGAUGUUCUUUUGAUCUGAGACCACAAAAUAAGAAAUUAAAUGUUACUUACAGAGAUCAGCUGGAAUCCAUAUUUAAGGAACUGGAGCUCAAAGUCAUCAACAUGUUAAAGAAUGAACUAAACAAGUUCAAAAAGUUACUGAAUGAAGAUUACCCAGCAUGCUCUGAGCAGAAGGUGAAGGAUGUAGAAGAUCUGAGUAGUUUCACAGAGGGGGUGCUAAAGAUCACACUGAAUGUUCUGAAGAUCAUGAACCAGACAGACCUCGCUAACACCCUGCAGAGGAAAAUGUUAGUCUCUAUAUAUCAGAAAAAACUCAAGUCAAACCUGAGAGAGAAAUGUAAAAGAAUCAGUGAAGGAAUCUCCCAGCAUGGAAGCUCUGCACUUCUGAAUGGGAUCUACACAGAGCUCUACAUCACAGAGGGUUGGAGUGGAAAUGUCAAUAAUGAACAUGAGGUCAGACAGAUUGAAAUGGCAUCCAGUAGACCAGCAGCACAGGAGAUACCCAUCAAAUGCAAAAACCUCUUUAAUGACACGUCCAUCAGAACUGUGCUGACUAAAGGAAUCGCUGGAAUUGGAAAAACAGUCUCAGUGCAGAAGUUCAUUCUGGACUGGGCUGAAGGAAAAGCAAAUCAGGACGUCGUCUUCAUAUUUCCACUUCCUUUUAGAGAGCUGAACUUGAUGAAGCAGGAAAAUCUCAGUCUGAUGGAACUUCUUCAUCAGUUUUUCCCAGAAGUAAAAGGUCUGCCAUCAUUACACUGUGAUGCUUAUAAAGUUUUGUUCAUCUUUGAUGGUCUGGAUGAGUGUCGACUUCCUCUAGAUUUUCAAAAUAAUGAGCGAUUGUGUAACGUAACAAAGUCAGUAAAAAUGGAUGUGCUGCUGACAAACCUCAUCAAGGGGAACCUGCUUCCCUCUGCUCACCUCUGGAUAACUACUCGACCAGGAGCAGCCAAUCAGAUCCCUGCUGAUUGUGUAGCCCAGGUAACAGAGGUACGAGGGUUCAGUGACUCUCAGAAAGAGGAGUACUUCAGGAAGAGGAUCAGUGAUGAGAACCUGGCUAGUAAAAUCAUCAAACACAUAAAGUCAUCAAGAAGCCUCUACAUCAUGUGUCACAUUCCAGUCUUCUGCUGGAUCUCAGCCUCUGUUCUAGAGAGAAUUCUGGAUGAAGCCGAGGGGAAAGAGAUCCCCAAAACUCUGACUCAAAUGUUCACUUACUUUCUAAUCUUUCAGAUAAAACACAAGGAACAAAAGUACCAUGGGAAAUCUGAGCCUGAUCCACACCAGACCAGUGAGACGAUACUGGCACUGGGAAAACUGGCCUUCCAACAGCUGGAGAAAGGAAACCUGAUCUUCUAUGAAGAAGACCUGACAGAGUGUGGCAUUGAUGUCAAAGACACAUCACUGUACUCAGGAGUCUGCACCCAAAUCUUCAAAAAAGAGGCUGGACUGCACCUGGGUCAGGUCUUCAGCUUUGUGCACCUGAGUGUUCAGGAGUUUCUGGCUGCUUUAUAUGAAUUUCUCACCUUCAUCAACAAAAACAGAAAUGUGCUGGUGAUGCAAAACACUGGAUUCUUUAACAUCAUUAGAAACCCUAUGUCUGACUUUCUGAAGAGUGCAGUGGACAAGGCCUUACAGAGUAAGAAUGGACACCUGGAUCUUUUCCUUCGCUUCCUUCUGGGUCUCUCACUGGAGUCCAAUCAGACUCUCUUACGAGACCUAUUGCCACAAACAGGAAGUGGCUCUUACAACAAAAAGGAAACAGUCAGGUACAUCAAAGAGAAGAUCAGUGAGAAUCCCUCUCCAGAGAAAUCCAUCAAUCUGUUCCACUGUCUGAAUGAACUGAACGAUGAUUCUCUAGAGCAGGAAGUCCAAAAAUACCUGAACAGAAACAAUUAUGUGAAUCCUGAUGAACUCCAUCUGUCUCCUGCUCAGUGGUCAGCUCUGGUGUUUGUGUUGCUGAACUCAGAUCAGGAGCUGGAUGAGUUUAAUUUAAGUAAAUAUUAUCCAUCACAUGAAGGUCUUCUGAAGCUGCUGCCAGUGGUGAAAGUUUCUAGAAGAGCUGAGUUGUGGUGGUGUGAUCUAACAGAGAAAAGUUGUGAAGUUCUGUCCUCAGUUCUCAGUUUAAACUCCUCCAGUCUGAAACAUCUGAACCUGAGUAACAAUAAACUGAAGGAUUUAGGAGUGAAGCUGCUCACUGCUGGACUGGAGAGUCCACACUGUAAACUGGAGAUACUGAUGUUGUGGAAUUGUAAUCUAACAGAGGAAAGUUGUGAAGUUCUGUCCUCAGUUCUUAGUUUAAACUCCUCCAGUCUGAAACAUCUGAACCUGAGUAACAAUAAACUGAAGGAUUCAGGAGUGAAGCUGCUCUCUGCUGGACUGGAGAAUCCACACUGUAAACUGGAGAUACUGGGGUUGUGGAAUUGUAAUCUAACAGAGGAAAGUUGUGAAGUUCUGUCCUCAGUUCUCAGUUUAAACUCCUCCAGUCUGAAAUAUCUGGACCUGAGUUACAAUAAACUGAAGGAUUCAGGAGUGAAGCUGCUCUCUGCUGGACUGGAGAAUCCACACUGUAAACUGAAGAUACUGGAGUUGUGGAAUUGUAAUCUAACAGAGAAAAGUUGUGAAGUUCUGUCCUCAGUUCUCAGUUUAAACUCCUCCAGUCUGAAACAUCUGAACCUGAGUAACAAUAAACUGAAGGAUUCAGGAGUGAAGCUGCUCUCUGCUGGACUGGAGAAUCCACACUGUAAACUGGAGAUACUGUGGUUGUGGAAUUGUGAUCUAACAGAGAAAAGUUGUGAAGUUCUGUCCUCAGUUCUCAGUUUAAACUCCUCCAGUCUGAAACAUCUGAACCUGUGUUACAAUAAACUGAAGGAUUCAGGAGUAAAGCUGCUCUCUGCUGGACUGGAGAAUCCACACUGUAAACUGGAGAACCUGAGGUUGUGGGUUUGUAAUCUAACAGAGGAAAGUUGUGAAAUUCUGUCCUCAGUUCUCAGUUUAAACUCCUCCAGUCUGAAACAUCUGAACCUGAGUGACAAUAAUCUGAAGGAUUCAGGAGUGAAGCUGCUCUCUGCUGGACUGGAGAAUCCACACUGUAAACUGGAGAUACUGGAGUUGAGAAGCUGCAGUAUUACAGAUGAAGGUUUUACUGCUCUGGCUUCAGCUCUGAAAUCAAAUCCAUCAUCAUGUCUGAGUGAACUGCAUCUGAGCAGCAAUAAUCCAGGAGAAUCAGGAGUAAAACUGCUCAAAGAUCUACAGGAGGAUCCACAAUGUAACCUAAUGAAACUACACAUCUGAUUCUAAUGCACAUUGAAUUAUGAGAUGAUGAGCAGUGAAGAUAAACACCAUCUACUCUUCACACUGGGAUUCUACAUGGUGAUGCUUUGUUCAGAUUCUUACUGCUCAAACCUGUAAACAUGCUUUCUGUAUAACUGUGUAAUAAUAAUAAUAAUAAUAAUAAGUUGUACUUAUAUAGCGCCUUUCUCAAACCCAAGGUCGCUUUACAUUAAGGAUAACAAAACACACCGGAAAAUAAACCGGAGAUGAGCACAACGCAGAAAUUUCACAGAAAAUAAUCAAACACACAAAAUUGAACAGAAAGUUAAUAGACAAUCACACAAAAUUGAACAGAAAAUAAAAACAUUCACACAGAAAUAGCAGAAGAAGAAGUGAGAAAGUACUAAGAGAAAAAGGUGAGUCUUUAGAAGUGAGAAAGUACUAAGAGUACUAGAAGUACUAAGAGAAAAGGUGAGUCUUGAGAAGAAUUCAGAAAGAGAGGAAGUGGAAUGUAAAGAGGAAGGAAGAGAGUUCCAGAGUGAGGUGGCAGCAACACUAAAGGAACGACCGCCCAUGGUACUGAGCCUGUGCCUAGGAACAACCAAGUGACCACACUGUAAACCUGAACAAGUUCAACUGACUCAAAAUCUUUGAGGAAACUGAUUACCUCAAAAAAUUUAAGUCGUCAAACUCUAUUGUUUAAAGUAAACAAAACUUACAUUUAUCACAUUUACUGUACUUCAUAAAAUUGAUUACACCAUACUUAAAAUUUUAAUGUUUUCCAAACUAUAUAUAUAAAAUUUAUUACUACUCAAAACUUUGAGAAUUUUUAAGUUUGAUAUACUCAAAUAUUAUUAUUAGGUAUACAAGUAAAAAUAUUUUAACCAGCAAGUACUCAUAUGUCUAUUACCUUACUUAAAAUAUUUGAGGAAACUAAUUACAUCAAAGUAAUUACGUAAACAUAACUCAAAUACAUACAACCACAACACUUAAAAUGAACAACAAAACAAAAUCUGCUAAAAUUAAAAUUUUAUUUUAACUAUAACAUGUCCAUAACACCCUGACAGGAUAGAAGGUACACCUGCACAUUUACUGUGCCAAUUACAACAGUAUGAAUACAUGUUUAAAUAAGCUUUGACUGAAGUGCAGUAAAACAUCAAUAAAAAGUGCACAUUU